AUGGACCCAGGCGUCACCGGCACAGAGGCCGGCAUGGAGGGCGAGGCGGGCGACCCGUAUCAGCGGCCGGCGCGGCGAACGCAGUGGCUGCUGAGCGCCUUGGCACACCACUACGGGCUGGACCGCGGCGUGGAGAACGAGAUUGUAGUACUGGCCACUGGCCUAGACCAAUACCUGCAGGAGGUCUUCCACCACCUGGACUGCCGCGGCGCCGGCCGCUUACCCCGCGCCGACUUUCGCGCGCUCUGCGCUGUGCUAGGGCUACGCGCUGAAGACACUGCCUUCUUUCGGGAAGCCGCCGGAGACGUGAAUGCCGGGGACGCGGCCGCUGCUGAGGCCGCCGACGGGGACCCGGACGCCGAGGAGGAGGCACGCUUGGCCCUGUGCGCUGAGCCGCCCGAACUCACCUUCCGCCAGUUCCACGCGCGCCUCUGCGGCUACUUUAGUACCCGUGCGGGGCCCAGGCUGCCUCGCGGCGCGCUCAGUGAACACAUCGAGACGCAGAUCCGCCUGCGCCUCCCGCGCCGCCGCCGGCGCCGCCCGCCUAGGGCACCCAACUCUGACGGCGGCGGGGACAGUGAGCGCGUGGCGCGGCUGGAGGAGGAGAACAGCAGCCUGCGCGAGCUGGUGGAGGACUUGCGCGCCGCGCUGCAGAGCAGUGACGCGCGCUGCCUAGCGCUGCAGGUUGGCCUCUGGAAGAGCCAGGAGGGUGCCCUCCAAGCACAGUGCGGCAAGCCCGAGGCGGCGGCACAGGAGCUGAGGCAGGCGCGGGGCGCGCUGGCGGCGGCAGAGGCCCAUGCCGGGCGACUGCGCCAGGGCCAGGCCGAGGUGCGACGGCGCGCCGAGGAGGCCCGGCAGGCCGUGCUGCGCAGCCUGUGCCGCGUGCGUGAGCUUGAGGCGCUGGCGCAGCAGGUGCCCGGCUUGCAGUGCUGGGUGCAGCAGCUGGAGGCAGAGCUGCAGCGCUACAGGUCAGAGGGCACACAGCUCCCAGUCUCACCACAAGCCAGCCCAGAGCCAGAAGUCAACAGUUGUGAACCUGAGGACAGUAUGGCCAGAGAUCCAAGCUGCCCUCCUGAGGGAGCAGCCUGGCAGUCAAGUAGCAGUUCUGGAAGCAGACACCUGGUUGAAGCAGAUGAGCAGCUGUUCCGCUCCGUGGAGGGCCAAGCCGCCUCAGAUGAGGAGGAAGAUGACAAGGAGAAAUGGAGGGAAGAGCAGAAGCCCCCAGUAGCCGAAGUCAAGAAGCUGUUGGCAGGCCUCUUUGGCUGCAAGAGUGGGUGUGAUGGCCAGCUCACCAAGAAGCUCAUGACUUACUUUGGCCACUUUGGCAAUGCAGAUCAUGCCUGCACCCUGGGGGAGCUGGAGGCCUACGUCACCAUGCUGGUGGAGCAUCUGGGGACCCAGGGCUGCAGCGGGAAGACCCUGGGGACACCUGAGGAAGAGGUAGAGUUGCAGCAGAAGGUGAAGGAAAAUGAACACCUGAGGCUGGAGCUGCAGAUGGUGGAGACAGAGCGAGUGCGGCUUUCCCUGCUAGAGGAGAAACUGGUGGACAUGCUACAGCUGCUGCAGAGGCUCCGGACCCUGAACAUAUCGAAAAGAGCCUUGGGGAAGAUUUUGCUGAGCACAUUGGACACUUGCAGAGACCCCCAAGACGAUGGGAGAGAUGGGCCUUUGGCCACCCUGAAUGCCCUGCACCAAGCCCUGGCCAGCUGCAAGCUCUUGCAGAGACAGCCCUCUGCUCCAGCCUCCACUGCACCUGCCCUCACCAAUUCCCUCCUCAUUUCCUGCUGA